AUGCUCUCGAGCUACUGCUACUUCUUUUCCUCCCACUCCUCCUCGUCCCCUGUCGAUCCCGAACCCGCCUCCUCCACGACGCGUGACCGACGUCCCCUUCACACCUUCACCGAGGCUGCACAGAGCUCAGACGCCGAUAACAGGCGUUCCAGUCGCACUUGGACCGAGGCCGACAAAUACAUUCGAUCCACGGUCUCAGACAUCUCCUCCUCGCUCAACUCGCGCCUCGAGUCCGUCUCCUCUUACCUCUGCGACGCAAGUCUGCCGUCUCACAGCGCGUUCACAAAGCUGUCCCUGCCCGGCGUAACCUCCUGGUUCGCGCCUCCGUCUUCUGAGUCCGCUCAGAUCAAGCCUGCACCCGUACCCGUGCAACCUUCGACUAGACCCCCUCGUCCUUUGCUGCAGCUGCAACAGCCGCAGGAAGAGUCAGACCUCACCAAAGGCAAAACCACCUUCACCUUUGUCCUCUUCGGCGCCGCAUCCAGCGCCGCCGUCUACCUCCUUGUCCGCAACCGACGCACCAUGAAUCGCCUUCAGGCUGCCAAGAGCCUCGCGUACCGCGACGCCCGCGCUUGGCGCCGUGUAGCCCUCGACUUUGCCAGGAUCAAUGCGCUGGCCGCCGGUCGCGUCCAGAACAUCGUCGCUGCGUCCCUUCGCGAUGGCCAGGCGGGCAAGGACAUUGGACGACAGAUCGAGCGCGAGCUGCAGGAGGCAAGCAAAGCCGUAGCACAGCGCCGAAACUGGAUCCGCGAGCAAGACGCCAAAGAGGCUUCCGUUGCCGAUUCUUCCUCCAACGGCGGCCUGGCCGAAAUCUGGGGCGAUAUUUUCGAUUUCGAGCGUUCCGGCUUCCUCUUUGGCUCACGCACAGGACGUCGAAGCGCCGAAGCUGCAAGCUUUGAUACCUGGCAGCCUGGUCGUAUGUCUCGCCACGACGAUGUCUCACAGACGUCCAGCGACCGUAACGCCUUCCAGUCAUCCGAGGGCUCGAUGUCUUCAACUGCCACUUCGCACGAAGUGCACGCCGCAGAAGACGCACCGGUCCAGCGCAGCGCCAAGCUCAAGUGGCAGAGAGUAGCUGGGCGUGCGGCCGCUGCCGCCGACUCAACGGCUGUAGAUGAGCCUGCGCGCACGGUUGUGGCCAAAGAUCACGCUUCGUCUGCCGAGACCGAGGAGACCGGCGAGCUACGCGAAGAGUGGAUCGGCGACGUGGAUCGAGCGAUGCGCGAGCGCGACCUCAAGUGCUCGCAGGAGCACAAGCAAGAGCUCGACAGCGCCGCAGAAACCGAGGAUCACCUUCUGCCCGUCUCGGAUCUGUACAUCGCCACGGAUGGCCGCAUGCGCGAUGAGCCUGACCGCGCGAUCAUCCAUACUGAGAUGAACGGGGAUCAAGCGAAGGAGCAAGUUGGCGCAAACCCCUCCAGAAUGCAGCUGGACAGCUCGGAUGUGUACGCUUAUCCGAUCUCGAACCAGUAUCGCGAUCUGGAGGACAUCUUUAUGGCGAGCUGGGACGACAGCUUCGCCGGCCUCACGUCUCCUGCAACAGAGAAGUCGGCUAAAGAGAAGCUGGACGCCAAGGCAGUCAAGGCACGUCCCAACAGCGCCUUGUUCGAGAAGCUUCGGGCGGCCCGGGCGGAGACCGGCAAGGAGACGAAUGUCCAGUCGGCCGAUGACAUUGAGUUCCUCGCCGAGCUCAUGUUCCCGCAGUCUGCACCGCCCGUACACCCUGCCCAACAGCGACAGCCCAAGUUGGACACGCAGACUGUGCCUACCAUCCCAACGGCCGUAGCCUCGCCUGUUCCUGUAAACAAGAGCGCGACUGCGAGUGCGCCGGACUCACGGGUGCACGAGCUGACGGAGCAGCUGGCAAAGAGCCAGUCGGAGCUGGAGGAGCACAAGCACAAGAUGCGUCAGCUGUCGGAGCGCGUCGACGUGAUGCGGGACAUGUGCCACGAGCUGACGGACGAGGCGCAGAGGCGCGACAAGACGCACAAGAUCCAGAUUGAGCAGCUCGAGCACAAGAUCGGCCUCUUCACCAUGUGGGCCGACGAGGUGCAGCGCCGACUCGGCCUGGACACGCCGCCCUUCUUUGCGGCUCUGCGCAAGCCGCUCACUCGCCGUGAUUGA